GUGGUCAUCCCACAUCCUGAGUGUAUGAACUGCCACUGAAGUGUUCACUAGAAUGGUUUAUUUUAUAGUAUGUGAAUUUCACCGUCGGGAAAAACUCCAGGAGUUUACUCGAACACACUCUCCGUAUGCUGUGUAUUGGAAAAAUAAAUUACUGCUAUUUAGAAGGACUGUCUCUACCUUCUGCAUAUCCUCUCUUAAGACUUUUCUCUUAAAUUAAGCACAUUUUUAUUGUUUAUAAAAUGCAUCUAUAAGAUGUACUGUGUAAGCGGUGCCUUUUCGAAGCUGCUUGGUAAUAUUUUCUCCUUAAUUAAAACCCCAUCACUCCUUUACAGCCUCAGAUGGUAGCAGAAAGGACACUGUACUUGGAAUCCGAACACUCGGGUUGGAGGCCCAGCUGCCCCAUCAGCUGUGUGGCCGUGAGCAAGGCACUUGCCGAGACCCGAUUUCCUAGCCUAUUUUUCUGUCCCGUCCCAAAGGGAAAACCCUAUUGGAGGCUAUGUUUCUCUGGUCAAAGGAGACGAGACGGUGGUGAAGAUGUCAGCCCUCAACUGGAAGCCCUUUGUGUAUGGAGGGCUGGCCUCCAUCACGGCAGAAUGUGGUACUUUUCCAAUUGAUUUAACCAAGACACGGCUCCAGAUUCAAGGCCAGACAAAUGAUGCAAACUUUAAAGAAAUCCGGUAUCGAGGAAUGUUGCAUGCGUUGGUGCGGAUAGGCAGAGAAGAAGGGCUGAAAGCUCUGUAUUCAGGGAUUGCCCCUGCGAUGUUACGCCAGGCUUCCUACGGCACCAUCAAGAUAGGCACCUACCAGAGCCUGAAGCGACUGUUUGUCGAACACCCUGAAGAUGAGACUCUGCUGAUAAAUGUGGUGUGUGGAAUUCUCUCUGGAGUCGUAUCCUCUACCAUCGCUAAUCCGACUGAUGUUUUGAAAAUACGGAUGCAAGCACAAAGCAGCACCAUUCAAGGCGGAAUGAUUGGCAACUUCAUUAACAUUUACCAGCAAGAGGGAGCAAGAGGAUUGUGGAAGGGCGUGUCACUUACUGCGCAGAGGGCUGCCAUCGUUGUCGGUGUGGAGCUACCGGUCUACGACCUCACCAAGAAGCAUCUGAUUCUCUCGGGCCUGAUGGGAGACACUGUGUAUACCCACUUCCUCUCGAGCUUCACCUGUGGCCUGGCUGGGGCCCUGGCCUCAAAUCCCGUGGAUGUUGUGAGAACACGUAUGAUGAACCAGAGAGUCCUUCGGGAUGGCAGGUGCUCUGGCUACACAGGUACCCUGGACUGCCUGUUACAGACCUGGAAGAAUGAAGGGUUUUUUGCUCUGUAUAAAGGGUUUUGGCCAAAUUGGUUGAGACUUGGUCCUUGGAACAUCAUCUUCUUCGUGACCUACGAGCAGUUGAAGAAAUUGGACUUGUGACAAGUCAAGGCUGCAUGAGACGGCGCUCUGCAAACGCUCACUUCCGAAACAAUAAAGCUUCCCGUGUGUCACGCUGCUUCUCACUGCUUGGCUCAUCACAGAUGCUGAAGCGUGAGCAACAGAUGAAGAUGGGGCUAGUCCAGAUGGCCGGGUGUUGGCAGCGGCCGCUCUGCGUCAGAUGUUUCAUGCUAGAGACUAACAUCCAAACACUAGUCCGUACCGUGGAAGUGCCCUCUGACGUCAAAGACAGCGCGUGGAACGCAUGUUUCUUGCUAACUAAAGCUUGCAAGAAGAUCGGGAACCGGGUGUCGUUUUCUUCAGGGGACAGGAGCACCUGCUGUGGCUCAGCUCGCCCCUGGGGAUGCCAGACGGCUCUAGAGGAGCCCAUCGGAACCACGGAAUAGAGCCUCCAGGACAGUGUUCUCGUUCCUGAACUUCUGACGACUGUCGCUUCUCGUCAGCGGGAGAAAUGUCACACGUGGAGACCUGGCCCUUUUAACUCCGGGUGUAAACAGUGCAGCAAAUAGAUCCCUGGCAUUUUGCACUGCUUUAUACUUUCCUAUUUCGGCAGGAUCUUUCACUUAUAAUAAGUGACUUUAAGCCUUUGAUGGCCUGACCUUCGUGAGGAGUUGUUACAAAGCGUUCAUAUCUAAGCCCGUGACGGUGUGAUGUGUUGGCUUUGAACGUGGCAAGGUCCAUGUUGAUGGACGAUCUUUGAGGCAGCUUGGGUUGGCGGUCUUAGGUAACGUUAGUAAUUUGCUCCGAUUUUUAGCCAAGUCUAUGACUUCCCAGUCUGUAAAAUGAGGAUAAUGCGUAUUGAUGCUGGGGGUCAAAGGAAGACAAGGGUGGCUGCUGAGACCUGCCUGGAGGGUGGGCCUUGUACCCCAGCUGUGCUGUCAGCCCGCCGGAAUGGUGGGAGAAGAAUCCCGAGCAAAGCCCCUCGCCAAAGGCCUGGUGGAGACAAAGAACACAGUAUAAGUGAACAGUUUCAUUAUGUUUUCCUUGGCAGGACGUUGCGAGUGAAUCGAAGAGUUGAUCUUUCCAGGUUUCUCAGUUUUUUGCUUUCGUUCAGGUUCUGUUUGUGAAGAUAUGUCCUAUGUCGGACUUCCUUGAAGUCCUAAAACACUUCCUGUCCUUCCUAAAACACUUGCUUGAAAUUUUAGAAACUCUCCCUUUAGCACUGUACCUGUUUUCCAGUUUCUCGAAGAGGCCUAUCGUAUCUUCCUCUCUUUCUCUGAAGACCACACACACACACACACACACACACACACACACAAAUCAUUCUGCUUUCUCGCCUUCAUCUUGUUCUUUUCAAAAAUAAAACGUGACUCCAAGAUCCCUAGGAACUUCUAGAAGACAGCCCCAGGGAAGGGACCUGCAGUUGUAUGUUCGAGAAUGUUAAAUACACCCUGACCCGGGGCUCCCAGGCGGACCCCCCCCCCCCCCCCGUGGUGUGUGCGGGGGCAGGUUCCCAGUUUCUCCCGCCCUGGGUCACCACUUCCUUUGACCCAGAAUAGAAGGCAUGGUAGGUUUUUCUUGAGGAUCAGGCGGUUUUGCUGCCUUUCCCUUUCACUUUGCCUUCUUUAUGGAUGUUUACUUUGAAAAAGCUUUUGUGAGGCAGAGUUGUAUUUCCAAAACAGACAAAAUCCUUAAAAAGAGGAAGGAAGGAAGGGAAGGGGUGGCCGGAGUGGCCGGAUAGGUAUUAACUGGUUUAAGACUUAAAUGCAAGUCCAGACCCCACCCCCGCCCCCCACCCCCGACCCCCCAUGUGACUGUGCAGAGCUGAGCUCCCUGGGCCCCGCUCCUGGUACUGAACCAUAUCUUUAGGCAGAUAUUUUUCUUCUCACCAAAACAUUCCAUUGACCUGGUCAGGGCGUUCUCAGGAAGGUUUUCACUUUUGAGUUCCUGGAGUUUAAAGGAUUACUUUUUAAGAACCACUUUUUUUUAAAAUGAAGAAAACACUGUAUUUUUUAAGUGUACAUAGAAUUUCUGAAACAGUAGAAGCAAGUUCAUUUUGAAGACCACCUAAAGAGUCGACGUCACACAACGUUCAUUGUUAACAAUUGAGUCAAAUUAUGUACGUGUUCAUACCAGGAUGAAAAGAAACGCAAACCUCACUAUAAACCCUGAGCCUGUUUUUAGGACAAAAAGAGAGUAUUUCUCCAGUGUAGAUAUAUGAAACAUGUUAUAUAGAACAGGAUCGUAACCUGUUCUGGUUUUUCUGCUUCCUGAAGGAGUUCAUGGAAUUGUUAAGCUUCUAACCAAGAAAGAACUUAAGGACUUGGAGCCUCGGUCCCCUUAUUUUCAGGGGUGUGAUUACAAGUCCCCUGACCCCCUUGGAUAUUGCUGAAAUGUGGCAAAAGGAUUUUUAGCUUUUAUAACUAAAAUGAAGAUAAUGGGGUUUUUUGUUUGCUUGUGGAUUUCUGCAAUCAUUGAUGCCAAAUAUUGCUAAUCUGUGAAAUAAAAUGGCUCCUAUCCUCCAUAUUUAUUCAUGAGCUAGAAAUAGUAUAUAUUAUAUGAAGACUAUGCAUUUUUCAUGAGCCUUUAUAUUUCAAGCUCUUUAUUUAAGCGUUGUUGGAAUAUGUGGCAUAAACCUUGUUUCAUUAUUUAAUAAACUGGACUAAUACAUAAUAA